AUUGAUAUGGAUAUAGUAAGUCUUGCUUGGGCUGCUUUAAUGGUUGUUUUCACAUUUUCUCUUUCCCUUGUAGUAUGGGGAAGAAGUGGACUCUAA